ACACAACUACAACUUUGUUGACACGUCACGGCACGAAAGUGAAUUUUGUUGUUCAAAAUUAAAUAAUUUAAAAGUAAUUUAUUGAAUUAAGAUUACAAAAAAAAUGGACGAAAGCAAUAUUCCUAUUGACAUAAAUAUUGGUAAACUGCAAGACUGGUUGGUGAGCCGUCACCACGUGAGCAAAGAAUGGCAGAAGAACGUGAUAGCAGUGAGGGAAAAAAUAAAUAAUGCUAUUCAGGAUAUGCCUGCUCACGACGAUAUUGCAGCCCUCCUAUCUGGCAGCUACAUAAACUAUUUCCACUGUCUAAAGAUCAUUGAAAUCCUCAAGGAGACGGAGGCAGAUACUAAGAAUCUCUUUGGUAGGUAUGGGUCUCAGAGAAUGAAAGAUUGGCAGGAUGUGGUGAAGACUUAUGAGAAAGAGAACUUAUAUUUGGCUGAAGCAGCUCAGAUGUUGGUUAGAAACAUUAACUAUGAGAUACCGGGGCUAAAGAAACAGAUUGCUAAGGAGGAACAGAUGCAGACUGAAUGUGAAAAGAAGCAGACGGACUACUUGAAGAAUGAGUCGUCAACCAAGUCAGAGUUCCUGACGCUGUGCAGACAGCUCGGUAUCCAGGGCAACAGCAUCAAGAGGGAGCUGGUGGACAGAUUGCAGGAGUUACCAGAGAUUUAUGAUAAGAUAGGAAAAUCCUUGAAACCCCUUCAGCCUGGCAUAGACCUGUAUUCAGCAUUCACAAAGUACAUCUAUGGUGACAGGGCCAUGGAAGUGUUGUCGUUAUUGCAAUAUGUUGUUGAGCAUGGCAACACUACUGUGUACGAGUGGAGCUACGGGGAGCCCCCACUGAGUGUGGAGCCGGAUCCUAUACACAUUGAGCUGGAUGAUGAGGAGGGUCAGGGGGGAGGAGACCAGAUUGAUUUCGGCGACAACGCGAUAGAUUUUGGCUCACUUGAUGCGGGAGGCGAGAUCGACUUCGGUAACGGCGACGCGGCGGCCGGCGACAUCGACUGGGGGAACAUCGACGGUGGAGACCCCGCCGAUAUUGACCUAUCAGGAGACAUAGCGUCAGUAUCCCUAGAAGAGUCCGGCAUAGUAGUUGAAGAACAAGGCGUGGCUGGCGGCGUCGCUCGCGGACGUGACGCGCUGACGUUGUUAGACAACCCUGCUACUAGAAACCAGCUGAUCGACCAGCUGUUAGAGCUGGAAUCCUUCCUCAAGAUGCGUCUAUACGAGACCAACGCGAGCGACGUCCAGAGUUUCUCCCUCAUGCAGCAGCUGCCGACAGAGAGCAGCGCCGCCCUCACCGCCAUGCUGGACGCCGUGCAGCUGUCCUCCGCCCAGCUGGCGGGGCCCGAGCAACAACACCUGCACAACGUGAAGCAUUCACAGAGAUACGUAGACGUCUUAACAGCUCAACUAAAACAGAAGUUGACUCUAUGCGAGAAGUUAUCCAAGCUCGCUGCCCGCUCCCAAGAGCAGCGCAGCGCGGCGGCGGCGCGCGCGGCCGAGUUGAGGCCGCUGCUGGCCAAGAUCAUAGAGAGGACUAAGGAACUGCAGGCUAAUAUUGAAAACGACAUCUCUAAGAAAUACAAGGGUAGACCUGUGAACAUUAUUGGCGGCGUCAAAUUCUUAUAGUCCUAUAUAGAACUUAUAUUAUAACUAGUGACCACAUCUUAUAAAAUAAAGAAUACUACUGUGUAUAUAACCGUAAGGCCGUAUACAGAAAGAAAGCUGGAAAUUUAUAAGCCCUGUCAAGCGUUGGUGACCUGCGCAGGAAAAUAUAUGAACGCGCGCCGAUAAGCACUGAACGGCGCCGACAAGCUUCAACACGCGCUGGUCAGCGCUGGGCGCUGCCAUUUAAAAUUAAUACACAACUGCGUCAACCUGCUUCCUUUGUGUAGAACGGACCAGCGCUGUCAAGCGCCGGUAAGAGCUUAUAAGUUUCCAGCUUUCGUUCUGUAUACGGCGUAAGGGUUGAACUACAUCUGUCAGCGCCUCAUUGCACUUCCCUAUGCUGCUAUCCUAUUCUGUUACUCAGGAACGUCAUUUGCUAGAGCGAGAAAGAGCUUCCGCUAUCGCCUCGUCGAUUCUGCCGCGUGCGGUCCUGCCUGAGCAACAGAAUAGGAUAGAAGCAUAGAUGGUUCAACCCGUCGGCCCCGCACCUAUCGGACGUGACUUGAAGGCGAGGGAUUUAAAAACAAGGUCCCUGUUCGCUCCUAUUCGACAGCAAGCGUGCAGUUUGAGGCCGCUUACACAAUAAAUAAUAAUGAGUAAAAACAAUGAGGAGCUCGGUGGCGCAGCGGUUAACGCGCUCGGUCUGCGAUUGUUGAAGUAAAGCAACUUUCGCAAAGGCCGGUCAUAGGAUGGGUGACCACAAAAAAAAGUUUUCAUCUCGAGCUCCUCCGUGCUUCGGAAGGCACGUUAAGCCGUUGGUCCCGGCUGCAUUAGCAUUCGUUAAUAACCAUCAAUCCGCACUGGGCCCGCGUGAUGGUUUAAGGCCCGAUCUCUCUAUCCAUCCAUAGGGAAGGCCCGUGCCCCAGCAGUGGGGACGUUAAUGGUCUGGUGAUGAGUAAAAUCAAUAACAUAAGUUCACGACUAUAUUCCGGAAUCGGGUAGUCAGUACAGCCAUGCAUGUGCGCCUCAACGAGUAAGCGAUCUUAAUAUGAAUGGAAUUCUAAAAUAAAUAUUCGUAGUUUUUAAAUGUGAUCACGUACAAAACCGUUGACCAUGUAAGAAGUAUUUUUAUGUGGGUUUGUAAAAACAAUGUUGUAUAUUUUUGUUAACUAUUAAAAUACAUCUAAAAGUGAA